UUAUUUUUCUAUUUUGGCAAGUAUACUGCAAUCCAAAUAGUUUCUUCAUUUUCAGAUCUUUUUCACUCUCCGUUACUAAAAACCCAACAAUCCACAUUCUUCAACCAAAUAUUUUCCUUGAUCAAUUCUUGUUUACCUACUCAUAUUUCUGCAAGAAAUGGCUUAUGCUGUUACCCAUUCACUUAUCCAAACAAUAAACCGAAUCCUGAAUCUCGAUAGUCAAAAGUUCCCUGUUUCUGAUGACGGAAAGGAACGAAUUCAACAACUCCUUGAUCAGAUCACACUGUUCAGACAGUUCCUCGGAAUGUAUCAAAAGGAAGCAGAGAUCUUUGAAAUAAAAAUCAGGGACGCCGCAAAUCAAGUAGAAGAUGCGCUGGAGCAUUUCAUGUACGAGCGCAUCCGGUCGCAGCUCAAGUCCGACAGGCAGGCCGCUGUCGGACGAACACUUACUCGUGCAGAAGAAAUUCUGCACGAUUUCCGUGAGCUGAAAAUAGUGAUGGAGGACAUAACCCCCAUCGCUGAGGAGAUUGCUGAGAUCAUGGAGCAGAAAGCGAAGGAGCACAGAGGCCGUCCAGCGAUGCAACUGGGGACCACGAGCUCGUCGUCCUCCCAGGUUGACACGCCCAGUUUUGAAACCGUCCCAGUUGGUCUCGAGGAGCGUGUGGAGGAAAUAAGAGGUCUGCUCUGCGGAGAUCCAGGGUCCCCACGCCACAUAAUCCCGAUCACGGGGAUGGGCGGUAUUGGGAAGACAACUCUAGCGAGAACUGUUUACGAGGAUUAUAAAGUUGUCGAAAACUUUCCUGUUCGCGCUUGGAUUGUUGUUUCCCAAAAUUAUAAAACAGAAAAUAUUUUUGAAGAUCUCUUAUUUAAAUUAAAGGGACAAGUCCCGAAGGAGCUUCUGAAAGAAAAUGAGACAACGGAACAACAUUUGCACCGGAUCACGUCGUUGAAGAAGUACCUGAUUGUGGUGGAUGAUCUAUGGAGUGAAAAGGCGUGGUACGACAUACACAAGGCAUUUGGCGACGCCAACAAGUGUGACGGGAGUCGGAUUGUGAUAACCACAAGGGAUGAGACUGUGGCAACAAAUGUCAGUCCUUCCGCUUCUCUUCACAAGAUGGAACUCAUGGAUGAUGACAAAAGUUGGACUCUGCUCAAGCAAAAGGUAUUUCCGGAAAAAGAUCUUGCACCUAAGAUGGAAAAGAUCGCGAAGCAAGUUGCAGACAGCUGCGGAGGAUUGCCCCUUGCAAUUGUGCUUAUUGCAGGUAUCUUAUCAAGUGCGGAAGAGAAUACAGAUAAAUGGGGGGAAAUUGAGGCAGAUGUAAAGUAUGCUGAUGAGAAGAAAAAUGAGUUUGGAAAGAGAAUCGCUUUGAGUUAUACAUAUUUACCUACUGAUUUGAGGCCAUGUUUCUUACACAUGGGUGCUUUUCCAGAAGAUCAUGAGAUCAGGACCUCGAAGCUUCUCAAGCAAUGGGUAGCUGAAGGAUUCGUUGGAGAUGAAAUGGAGGCUGAAGGGAAGUUGAAUAAUAUUGUGAAGAGAAAUAUGUCUUCGAACACGAUCUCCAAGUCCAAUGGAAAAAUCAAAAGCUGCAACAUACAUGAUAUGGUACGCGAAAUGGCCAAAUCACGGGCUCUAGAUGAGAACUACGAGCGGCGCCAGAGUAUUGGCCAUACAGAUUUAACGUCCGUUGCUAAAAAUUACGCCUCAACGCUGCGCUCUUGUUUGAGCUUCCAGCCUAGCGAGAGCUCUCUAAGUGGACUUCGAAAGUUCAAGUUGCUGAGGGUGCUGGAUGUGGUGGAUACCAAGGCAUACUCGCUCCCAGCUCCUGUGUUCGAGCUCUUUCAUUUGAGGUACCUUGCUUUCGGGUGUCCGAUGGAGGUUCCGUACGCCAUAUCAAGGCUUCAAAAUCUCCGUACUUUGAUUGUUCGUCCCACAAAGAGAUUGAGGAAACACACAAACGAUGAGGUGUAUCUUCCACUGGAGAUUUGGAUGUUGCCACUUCUGACGCAUCUCGUCUCCUUUUUCGAUCUUCUGCCAAAUCAAGAAGGAGCAGCUUCUACUCUGAAGGAGCUGCUCACACUGAAUGUGGUGAAGAAGCUGAUAUGUACAGAACAGAUGAUGGGAUUACUUUACAAUUUGAAGAAAUUGGCGAUCACUUAUUUUGGAGACAAAUACCCAAAUGAAGACUAUCAGCUCCACAAUCUUCUUCUCCUGACUCAACUUGAGAAGCUGACACUAGUUGUGAAGAAAGGCUCUCUUCUUGAAAAGAAAGCUAAGCCUGUUUUCCCGGAGUCGCUGAAGAAGUUAACCUUGAGCGGCUGGCGAUUCCCUUGGGAAUAUAUGGAGGCUAUAGCUGCUCUGCCUAAGCUUCAAGUGCUCAAACUGAGGGGUCAUGCCUUUGAAGGCGGUGCGUGGAGCACCAUAGACGAAAGCAAUUCAGAGGACGUUGAGAUGUUUGUUGCACUGGAAUAUUUGCUAAUUGAUAAAUCAGAUUUAAAGUUGUGGGAUACUGAAAAAAGCCACUUCCCAGCACUGAAGCGCCUAUUGCUCAAUCGUUGCGAUGAGCUCAAGUAUAUACCGGAAGAAAUUGGGUUCAUAUUGCCACUUAAACUGAUUGAGAUUGGGGUCUCGCUACAGAAUGCUGAUGAUAGGGCUGAAGCUUUAACCAAACCACACAGUCCCUGUUAG